CAUGCGCGUUGUUGAUUAGUUAGAACUUAGUUAGCUUCUGACGUGAGUAAUUGACAUGGAGAAUAGCCCUCGCCUGGCGGAGCCUCCAGGGAUCAGCAGCUGUUUGUCUGAACUGGACAAGGAGCUGGAGAAGCUGACCGACGAGGAGGAGGACAGAUGCGUGCAGCUGACCUGGAUGACGUAUGACCUGGUGAAGCUGCGCACGCAGAUGCUGUCGAGCGCGCAGGAGCUGUCCGAGGCGUGGGUCAGAUGCAGAGACGCGGUGAUGGGAGAUCCUGGACCGCAGCCUGAGAGGGAAGAUGGAGCUCAGGAUGCUGACUCAUCACAAACUUCAACUGCUGAUGGAGUUUAGAAAAGAUAAUAUUCUGAUUCACUGCCUUCAGGCUGCAGCAUCGCAGUCAUUAUAAUUGAUAGUUAUGACCUGAUGUUUAUUUAUUUAUU